CCUACUUUUUUUUUGUUGUAAUUAAUGCUUUGCUUUCUUCGCCUGUUGCGGUUUUAUAGAGUUUCAGCUUAUUCCAUGGUUUUGGAGUUUUUUUCCCUUUUCUAGUCAUACAUGGAACGGUUGGUGAAUUAGGUGUUGGUACGUGGUACAUGUCGAAGCAGUUUGGUGGGCGCUACCUUGUUUCUUUUCCUUUACCUUUUCCGGCUAGGGUUUAGACGUUUGGGAGUGUAGAUACCUGAAACGAGGGUUAAAUGCGUCCUUGGAGUGUUAUUGAAGAGAACAAGUUGUUCUUCUUUCUUUUCAUAUAUUCUGAGUAGUUUCAGGUGCUUAGGUGCUAUGGAAUCUGGUCAAAUAAGCUACUUCUUCUCAGCUUCGAGCUGGCAAGAGUAGUCGGGUUAGAAUAACUCCUUCCAUAGUAGUUAAGAGCUUGUAGGCUGUUAAGGUAGUUGCAAAAUGGUUAUGUUAUUAUAUUUGAAAUAGACGAUGAUCCAAAGUAGCACAGAACCUUUCACUGCAUCUGCUGACCACUAUUUUCUGAUGGAUUGAUACUAUAUGUCAUUAAGAAAACAAAUGGAAGAGAUACAAUCAUAUUCAGAUAACUAUAGGUCAUCUUCAUCUUCAGCAAGUAGUCCAACUGGCAGACCACCACCAGGUGCAUUCUUCUACCUGAGGAAACCAGGUACCUUGAGGAAACCUAUUUCAUUUGAGGACUCACCAGAAUGGGAUGAUACAGAGAUUGAUGCUUGCCUAGAGGAAGUUGGUGAUUCGAUACAUAUAACAACCGCUACGGACUCUCCAUCCUUGUCUAAGAUAAACAGUGGUUCAUUGACAUCUCCAUCAUUGCCUGAGGUUCGAACGUCUUUUUCUGCUAGGAAAAUAGCUGGGGCAUCUGUUGUAUGGAAGGAGUUGACUGUUACAUUAAAUGAAAAAGGGAAGUACUCAGACAAGGUUGUGAAAAGUUCAAAUGGGUAUGCUCUGCCAGGAACUCUUACUGUUAUUAUGGGACCUGCACGAUCUGGGAAAUCUAUGUUGCUUAGGGCGAUUGCGGGUAAAUUGCAAGAUCCAGCUAGGAUGUAUGGUGAAGUUUUUAUAAAUGGGGUCGAAUCACGCAUUCCAUAUGGUUCUUAUGGUUUUGUUGAUAGGGACAAUGUGUUGAUUGAAUCACUCACUGUACGUGAGAUGCUAUAUUACUCAGCACUUCUGCAACUUCCUGGUUUUUUUUCUCAAAAGAAGAAUUUUGUUGAGGAUGCCAUUGCCGCAAUGUCUUUGGGAGAUUAUGCUGACACAGUUAUAGGUGGCCAUUGUUGUAAAAAAAAUCUACCUAAUGGUGAAAGAAGGCGUGUCAGUAUAGCUAGGGAGCUUGUAGUGAGGCCACAUGUUUUAUUUAUUGACGAACCACUUUAUCAUCUUGACAGUGUAUCUGCACUUCUGUUAAUGGUCACAUUGAAGAAACUUGCAAGCACCGGAUGCACUCUUAUCUUCACAAUGUAUCAGAGUAGCACAGAGGUUUUUGGCCUCUUUGAUAGAAUUUGUUUGCUCUCAAAUGGAAACACACUCUUCUUUGGAGAAACAUUGGCUUGUUUGCAGCACUUUUCUAAUGCAGGUUUUCCUUGCCCAAUCAUGCAAAGUCCCUCUGAUCAUUUUCUACGGGCCAUCAACACUGAUUUUGAUAGGAUAAUAGCAAUGUGCAAAAAUUUUCAGGAAGACAAUAAUGAUAUCUCAUCAGUAAACAUGGAUACAGCUGUUGCUAUCCGAACCCUUGAAGCUACUUAUAAAUCUUCAGCCGAAGCUGCUGCUGCAGAAUCAAUGAUUGUAAAACUGACUGAAAAGGAAGGUCCUUAUCUUAAGAGUAAGGGUAAGGCUGGCAAUGCCACUCGUGUUGCAGUGCUAACAUGGAGGUCCUUGAUGAUUAUGUCAAGGGAAUGGAAGUAUUUUUGGAUCCGACUUUUUUUAUAUUUGCUUCUCACAUUCUCCAUUGGCACCAUAUUCUCCAAAAGUGGUCAUUCUUUGUCAUCUGUUACAGUAAGAGUUUCUGCUGUCUUUGUCUUUGUAUCGUUUAUCCUAUUACUCAGUAUUGCUGGAUUGCCUGCCCACAUAAAAGAAAUUAAGAUAUUCUCCCAUGAGGAAUCAAAUGAACAUACUGGGGCAGUUGUUUUCCUACUUAGCCACUUGCUAUCCAGCAUUCCUUUUUUGUUCCUCCUUUCUAUUUCUACAUCCCUUCCGUUCUAUUUCUUUGUUGGGAUGAGAAAUGAGUUCAGCUUAUUGAUGUACUUUGUUCUGAAUGUUUUCACGUGCCUAUUAGCAAAUGAGGCGCUUAUGAUGGUGGUCGCCUUGAUCUGGCUUGAAAAUUACAAUUCCAUUUUGACCCUGAUUUUCAUCCAUGUAAUGAUGAUGCUUGUGGCUGGAUAUUUGAAGAUAGCAGCUGCCCUGCCAAGACCUAUGUGGAAGUACCCUCUCUCCUAUGUCACCUUCCACACUUACGCCAUCGAGGGUCUCCUUGAGAAUGAAUACAUUGGAACCUCUUUCGCUGUAGGACAGGUCAGGGCUAUUUCCGGCGUACAAGCAGUUCAUGCUUCUUACAACAUUUCUUCUUCCGCGAGUUCGAAGUGGUGGAACUUGUUGGCACUGUUAUCGAUGGCAGUCGGAUAUCGUGUGCUCUUGUUUGUUUUGCUUCAAUUUCACAUGAGGAAAAACGUCCUCAGUUGUAAUCUAUGCUGGCUUAAAAUGAAUACUACAAUGUCAAGGUGAAUUUUAGUUUAGGUGUCUGUCUGUUUUAUUCCAGAUAACCGGAUGAACCGAGAUUGAAAUUUAUACUUGUUCACUUUUUGCA